AUGGCUUCAUUAGACCUCAAAAGUCCACCUUAUCCGAUAGGCGAUACAGAUGAUGAGAUCAGGAAAGAUCCCAAGCUAUGCCGUGUAUGCUGGAAUCUCUAUCCAGGAUCCGCUUCAUCCGCUCUGCCUUUGGCUGGAAUAGCUAUGCACGAAAAUGCCGGCACUAGAAAUUCUCUCAGAGCUGCUGAGGCCGGUAACCUUGAUGAAGAGCCCACUUGGGCCGGACAGGGCCGUAUUGACUAUGCCUCUUGGGAGAUCAAAGUUUAUCUUCCUGAUGUCCCUGGAUCGGCGAUGGAAGGCUGUGUUUCCUGUUCUCUGCUUCAGGGCAUUCUGACAAAGCUAAAUCGAGGGAAGCUGGACUGCAGUGAUCCUGAACUUUGGCUAGAAAUAGUGUUCUGCAAAGGGAAUGUCUUAAGGGCCAGACUAGUUCGUGGAAGUCCGCCAGAAGAUGAUUUCGAUAUGUUUUCUUCUGGCGCUGAUAGCUCCGAAGGUGUUCCUAUCGAGACCUACGAAAUAUACACACUACCCGGUAAUAGGACCAAACGACCAGAUUGGAGUCUUGACGCUGAAAUUGGCGGACAUGCGGGGCAUAUUGAGCCCGACCCUAGUUCUCGUUCAUCUUUUGAUAGAGCGAGGCAUUGGAUUCGAACAUGCAAAGAGAAGCAUACUAUCUGCUCUGAAGCAGAGGCUGCCUCCAAGCCAAGGCUACCAAAGCGAGUAGUCGAUAUUGGGCCCGAGUCAAAUGAUGGGAUUCACAUCUUCGUCCAUGAUGACUCCAAGGAGCAGAUCACCGAGCCGUAUAUCGCGCUGUCUCACUGUUGGGGUAGAACCCAGCAUUUGAAGUCAGAGAAGGCCACUCUUGAACAGUGGAAGAAAAACAUCCCUUUCACUCGCUUCGCGAAAACCUUUCAGGAUGCGAUUGUCAUUUCACGAGAACUUGGUAUACGAUAUGUCUGGAUAGACUCUCUUUGUAUUGUCCAAGAUGAUAGCCAAGACUGGGAAAUAGAGGCUGCUAAGAUGGCAUCCAUCUACAACGGCGCGGAGCUCGUUUUGUCGGCUACUGGAUCAGUCGAUGGAUCUGGAGGUUGCCUGUUUCCCCGUGAGCCCUAUGUCACUGUGUCAGGUACAUUCCCUGAUGGGAAGCCGUUUGAUAUUUAUGGCCGCAAGAUAUCUCAACAUUCUGCGUUUGGAUGGAAUACGGAUCGGAACGUGGCCAAAGGUUCUUCCAAUCCCAUCACUGGAACCAGGGUGUCCGAUAUCCAAGACCACCCUCUGUUGACGCGUGCUUGGUGCUUUCAAGAGAGACUGUUAGCCACAAGGAUCCUCCACUACACCAAGAGCGAGAUGAUAUUUGACUGUCUCUCAGCCAUGGACUGUGAGUGCGGGGCACUUGAAGAGCAUGAAGACGACCCCCUCGUUCCAGCACGUCGAAUUAUCAAGACAGGCCACAAGUACAUAAAAGGCACCAAUAGCUACAGAGGGUCUUCUUUCAGGCCGUCUAAACCUCUUCAAGGCGAGUCCAAGGAGUUCCAAGAACACCAUGAGCUUUGGCGUGAUUUAAUUGUUCAAUAUUCUCAGAAGAAUAUCACGUUUCGGACUGAUGGUCUCCCCGCUGUUGCAGGACUGGCUACGGAAUGGUCCGGCAACUUGACUAAGAGAUAUCUUGCUGGUCUUUGGGAGGGAGAUUUACUCAAUAGUCUGCGCUGGAUGCCAGACGAGAAAGAUACUGGUGACGAGUAUAAGUAUAUUGCACCAAGCUGGAGUUGGCUUAGUGUCCAUCGCGGUGUCACAUGGGGAUUACACAGCUUCGAGUAUGACGAAUUCUUUGUUAAGGUCGACUUCAAUCGCACAAACUGUAUCGUCAAAGGGGAAAACCAGUUCGGAAAGGUAAAAUCUGGUUAUAUAUUUAUCACAGGUCGCGCUAUGCCGAUGACAUUCACCCUCGACGGAGAUAAUGCUUGGUUAGAAAAGCAAGGAAGUUCUAUCAGGAAACCAUUCGAAAGACCGGACAGUUUGUUCCGUCUACGAAAUCUGAAGACUAAAGACUUGUUGUGUCUGAGGCUUUGCUCAAGUUACACGACGCGAAACGCCUGGGAUGAUGAUUGUGCGUUAGUAUUGGUGAAGGUAGAUGAGGAAGAGUUGAAUAAGCCGGAUGAAGAGGAGUUUAACAAACUAGACGAGGAAGAGAAGAAGAAGGCAAUGAAGGACGGGCUUUUACAGCCUAGACUACCUAAGGAGGUUCGGGAGUUUGGAAAUGUUUAUCAGCGAGUAGGAUAUAUCACGAAUUAUCUUGUUGGCGGAUGGAACCACGAACGAGACUCGAAGGAGAUGGAGAUGUACAUCAUUUAG